GUCAACAUGACGCUAUCCCAAUCCGCUUCGUACCGUGGUCAAAGAUUUUUGACUUUUCUGGGAAGAAAUAUUGAAUAGUAUAAGAUUUGCAUGCGGAGUCCUGGGUGAACUCAACCAGGUUUCUCAGAUUGACAGGAUGUUGCAGUAUCCUUCCAGGUAAAACAAACUGGAAGCACUAAGGUGACUGAUCACAUUUCCCAAUUCUAAAGUGUAAGCUAUAAUGUAAGGAACCACUCUUUUAAGAGAACAGAAGGAAUGACAAUGGCUUCCAAGAAGAGAGAGAAUCAUAAACCACCACUUGAGAUGCGGGAUAGCGGUGUUUCCUGCUACACCCCAUCUCCUCCGCCCAAGAAGUCCUCUUUACCAAGGGCGUCUGAAGGAAGCACCAGAUCCAUCCACAAGGAACUUUGCCACCACCAUCCUUCCUUGGAAAGUUUUGAUGAGAUCAAGUCUCAUAGCAGCCCAGAACAAUCACAGAGGGAGAUGGUGCUGCCACCAAGGCUAGACCUGAGCAGCAUUAUUGGAGAUGAUUCGGAUAGUGAUGUCUCAUCAUCUGGGGUUGCGUCAACCGAAAGAACUAGUCAGUCUCAUGAUGAACACUACCCAGAGCUUGGCUUUGAUACUCCUUCCACAGAGGCUCAAAUGAGCCCAGCUGAUUGGUUGCAUCCCGACUACCGUAGUGAUUCUGCCUCCCCUUCACCUGCUCCGUCCAGGUCUUCCAGUCAAAGUUCUGCAGGGUACCACAAACUUAGAGGAUUCGGAAGCGGAGAACUUGAGGAUGAGAGCGAAGGCAGCGUCUUGAAAGUCAAGUUGAAAUUAAAAUCAACCCGUCCGUUAUCUUCUAGUGGAGGGAGAAAGAGCAAAUUCACUGUAACUAAGGUCAGAACCCCUCCGAGUUCUUCCAAUGAGUUGUUACAUGUAGGAAAGGAUCAAGGGCAUAAGGAGACCAAGGAUGAUGUGCUUGGUUCAAGGUAUGUACCACUUCCUGGUAUUGGAGUUCAAGGGGCUGAGCAACAUGCCAAUAAAUCACAUGGAGAGAGUGAACAAAAGCAUUCUGAGAUCAAGGAACAUGUGGGAAUUCCAGCGGCUCGUGAUGAGGUGGAUAUAAGAGAGCAGAGACUAAAAGCUCUAGAACGUUCGGCAUCUCAAGGUGAAAUCUGUAGGAAGUUCCCAACGCCGCCUCCUCAUUCUGCCAAAAUGAUUUCAAGACGGGCGAUGAGGAUGCAACAGUUUGCCAGGAGGAAGAGUGCAAGUCAUGCGGAGUCCACCUCAAAACAGGGCUUAAGAACAAGUUCCAAGGAAAGUGAUUCCUCAGAAAGCAUACUUCUUGCCAUUCGCUUGCCCAACGGAUCCAGGGUUCAAAACCUUUUUGAUCACACCAAAUCCUUACAAAGUGUUGCUGACUUUGCUCUGAAACAAGGAAAACAUUCUCCCGGUAGGAGCGGCAUUUGUUUGAUCACAAACGAACUGCCUAAGAGAGAAUUAACAGAUUUGUCUCAGACUAUUGCGGAAGCAAAACUUGGUGACAGGACCCUGUUGAAUCUUGAUGUGGUAGACUGAAAGAUGAUAGUUACUUGCAAAGUACAUGUGGUAGAGUGCAUACAUGUUCAUCACAGGCUGACAAGAGCAGGGGAAUUAAAAUAUUUACAAAUAUUUACAUAUUUGGGUUUGUGUUCAGUAGGACUGUACAUGUAUGACAAUAAUAUUGUGACAUUGAAACUUCUAUCAAUAGAUAACUGUGUCCACCAUUAUAUAGAGCCUAACACAAUAUAAACAAUUGAGGUGUAACCAUGUUUCUGACAAGGGAUCUACAUCAAAAUGGUAAAAAAAAACACAUUCUUAUUUCUCCGAUCCACAAACCAGGGUCCCAGGGAAGGGCUAUAGAAAUAUCAUUACCAAUUUCUUUAUUACGGAUCCAGUGGGGCCCUGUGUCUCAUUUUUUGGGUGGGCUUGGUCGGAUUAUUUUAGAGCAAAAAAUGUCCCACACCCUUUACUUGGUAAAUCCUUGAUCCGCCCCUGGCUUCAUCUCCAUUUUCUAAAUCUUUAAAGAAAUGGUACAUACAUGUAUGUGAUAAUUAUUUGACAUUAUUGGAAAUAUUUGGACGAUUCUUAUUACUAAAUAGGUUCAUAAUUGCGGAUUGAAAUAAUCGUGAGGGUAUUCAUUUGUCUCGCAAUCUACUAUGGAUUCUUAUUGUUAUCAUUUUCAUUGGUCUUGCUUUUGCAAUUUUGUGACUAUAGAUUCUGAAACCAAUUGAUGUGAGGGGCUACACUCUAAAGCAUCUUCGUGAUUAAAUCUCUUAAUUAUUGGCAUGUGCUUAGUAAUGAUUAUUGAAGCUAACCUGUGUAAAAAUGUUGUUCAUAUUGACUGAGUGGAAUUUGUGCAGUGCCCUUGUAACAUUUGAUCAGUUUCGUUUGGAACCCAGUUUACAUACUUUAUCAAACAAAUAGGGGUAACAAUUUGUAUAAAUGUGCAUUCAAAAUUCAAAAGCUAAUAGAAUGAUACAUAUAAAUGUAGGUCCCUAUUUUCAUCCUAUAAUUUAUGAAUGUGUUAGAUUUUUGCGAAUCUAUAUCCAAAAUGCUGCAAUAAUGAUUUUCAUAGUCUUCCAAUUACAUUGAUUUUAUGGCUUUAUUAUUUUUUUUUUUACUUUUCUAGCUUCUAUAAUUACAAAAUGUAUUUUUGUAUUUUGUAAAGAUAUGAAUUGACAUUUUGUCCAGCUCUAAAGAUAUUUAGAUGUAGAAUUCAACCUUUGAAAAGUAGACAUUCAUUAUUUUUUCAUUUAUAUAAAAAAAUGAAAUUCAGCUAUUGAAUUUUAGCCCAGUCAUGGAAAUAACUUUCAUAGAUCUCUACUACCCACAUAAUUCUUUUCAUUUGAAUCUGUUGGAGCUGUAACCCUUCCUUGAAAGACCACAUGUGUCCUGACACACCGUUGUUGAAGCAACCAGUACAUAACGAGUAAAACAAAAAUUUACAGAAUAAAAUUUAAUGAUUUAGAGUAAAAGGACAAAAGUACUGGUAUACAAGCAAAAUGUAAACUUAAAAAAAAACAAUCUGCUGAAAAGAGGGAAAUUAUGGAGCGUUGUGGUCUAAGUGGUUAUUACUUUCGUC